AUGAUAAAGUCUUGCUCAUCGGCAGAGGAAGUGGCCUCUGCGCUCAAUGUCAUUUGUGGCGUGAAUCGAAAUCAAGGUGCCAGUGUCAGUGAUGGUGAGAAAUUCAGAUUAACACUUCGGUGUUACAAUUUGCUACUGAUGGCCCUGGCAAAGUUCAGAAUGCUGGAAGAGAUGAGGAGAUUGUAUAUGCAGAUUCUGGAGGAUAAGAUUUUGCCAAACAUUUAUACUUACAACACCAUGAUCAACGUAUAUUGCAAGGAAGGGAACCUUACUGAGGCAAAGUUGUACUUGAGUUACAUUUUGCAGUCUGGGCUGAAGCCAGACACAUUUACAUACACCUCCCUCAUUCUGGGCCACUGCAGGAACGGCGAUUUAGAUGGGGCCUGCCAAAUUUUUACCGCAAUGCCUCAGAAGGGGUGUCGUAGAAAUGAAGUUUCAUACAAUGUUCUAAUCCACGGGCUCUGCGAGGGGAAUAGAAUAGAGGAGGCUUUCCUUCUGUUCUCAAGGAUGGAAGAAGAAGGCUGUGUGCCAACUGUCCGCACGUAUACUGUACUAAUAUCCUCUCUCUGUAUGUCUGGGAAGAUUGCGAAUGCGUUCUCCUUGUUUCAUAAAAUGAAAGAGAAGGGUUGCGCACCGAAUGUUCACACGUACACUGUGUUGAUUGACGGGCUUUGCAAAGAGGGCAGGCUCGAAGAAGCAAAGUCCAUGUUGAAUGAGAUGUCUGCGGCAGGGUUAGUCCCCACAGUCAUUACCUACAAUGCUUUGAUCGAUGGGUAUUGUAAAGAGGGAAAAGUCGACGCUGCCUUUGGCUUCAUGGAAAUGAUGGAAUCAACCGGAUGUAAGCCUAAUACAAGGACCUAUAAUGAGCUGAUCUGUGGCCUUUGCAAGGUGAGAAAGGUGCACAAGGCAAUGAGUUUGUUGAGUCAGAUGCUUGAGGGUGGCCUUUCUCCUAGUCUCAUCACAUAUAACUCACUGAUCCAUGGUAUGUGCAGGGAAGGGCAGAUUGAUGGCGCCUUUAGGCUAAUUGAUCUGAUGAUUGAGGCUAGUUUGGUACCUGACGCGUGGACUUAUUCUACAUUAAUAGACUCUCUUUGCAAACUUGGUAGGAUGGAGGAAGCUUACUUUCUCUUUGAUUCAGUAGCCAAGAAAGGUAUCAAGGCAAAUGAGGUCAUAUAUACUGCAUUAAUCAAUGGAGAGUGCAAAGCAGGAAGAAUUGACACUGCUUGUUCAUUGCUUGAGAAAAUGAUUUCAGAGGGUUGUGUGCCCAAUUCGUGCACAUACAAUGCGUGUAUUGAUGCCUUGUCAAAAGAAAUGAAAACCCAGGAAGCUAUGUCACUUUGGAAUGAGAUGGUGGCACAAGGAGUGCAACCUGAUGUUGUCACUUGUACAAUACUUAUGGCUGGUUUGUUGAAGAAAGGUGACAUCGAAGAUGCUAAGAGGAUAUGGGACCAAAUGCUUUUGUUGGGUUGUAAGGCUGACACAUUCACCUAUACUAUUUUUAUUCGUGCAUAUUACAAAGAAGGAAAGUUGGAUGACGUCGAAAAUUUGAUUUCAGAAAUGGAGAAAGAAGGUGUUCAUCCAGACACAGUGAUGUAUAAUACUUUGAUAGAUGGUUGUGGAAAUGUAGGAAUGAUGGAUCAGGCUUUUUGUUUCCUCAAGCGCAUGAUGGAUUCACAGUAUGAGCCCAACCGGCAGACAUAUGGUAUCCUAGUCAAGCACAUGUUUGGUUUGAAGCAAAGUGAUGGAAAUGGUGUUGAUGGCAUUGACAUGUGGAAGUUUCUGCCCAUAGAGACCGCACUGGAGUUGUUGGACCAGAUGGCUGGACAUGGGUGCAUCCCUGGUGUUGGCACCUACAGCGCUCUCAUAAAAGGAUUUUGUAAAGAACAACGGGUGGAAGAAGCAAAAAUGUUACUCCACCGUAUGCAAGAGAAGGGAGUAUCCCCCAAUGAAGAUAUUUACAAUGGUCUCAUAAAAUGUUGCUGUGAAGAAAAGUUAUUUAUACAGGCUCUGGGUUUUAUGGAUGUAAUGACUAAAUGUGGUUAUCAACCACAUUUAGAAUCAUUCAAGUUACUUGUUUCUGGCCUUUGUGAUGAAGGGAACGUUGAACAGGCCAAAUUAGUUUUUGUUAGUUCACUUGGUUGUGGGUAUAAUUCUGAUAGCAUUGCAUGGGAGAUCCUCAUUGAUGGGUUACUUAAAAGGGGUCAUGUUGACUGGUGUUCUGAGAUGUUAUCAAUUAUGGAGAAAAUGCAAUUCAAGCCUAGUAGUCCUACGUAUUCUAUGUUGAUCAAAGGAAUCUCUUGA